AUGACUUGUCAUGCGCUUUCGUGCGUCCCGGCCCCACCUCCCCGGGCGGCGGCUCGCCCGGCUGCGGGGCCGCCCCCCUGGGAUGCGAGGCGCGGCUUCCUCCCCCUGCUCGCGAGUAGGCGUGCUGGCGCGAGGCAUGCCCGCUCCUUCGCGCCGGGGCUGCGGGCUGCGAGGGGCGAGGCGGCGGGCGGGCCGGGGAUGCUGCGGCUGCUGCUGGCCGGGGCGCUGCUGAGCGCGGCGGGCGGGGCGCAGGUGGGCUGGCGGCGGCGGGGCCGGCCGGCGCGGCAGGUGAGCCCGGCUUUCCUGUCCCUCACCCUGGAUGCCAACCUGGCCACCGACCCGCGCUACAUCACCUUCCUCAGCUCUCCGAAGUUGCGGACCUUAGCAAGAGGCUUAUCGCCUGCCUUUCUGAGAUUUGGAGGCACCAAAACAGACUUCUUGAUCUUUGACCCCAAAAAGGAACCCACGUUUGAAGAGAAGAUCUUCUCAGACUUGUUGGCGAAACAAGAUGCUGCAGACUUUUGUGGAUCCAGACCUGCACCUUUGGACCUGAUACAGCACUUGCAGUCACAAUGGCCCUUCCAGGAGGUGCUCAUCCGUGGGGAGCUGGACAGGAAGAAACACAAAAACACCACCAUCACAAGAAGCACACUGGACAUUCUGUACAACUUUGCAAAGUGUUCCGAGCUGCACCUGAUCUUCGGACUCAAUGCGUUGCUCCGGACACGCAGCUCCCUCUGGGACAGCUCGAACGCUCGGUCCGUUUUGGAUUAUUGUGAUUCUCAGAACUACGACAUGUCUUGGGAACUUGGGAACGAGCCCAACAGCUUCAGGCUGAAGUCUGGCAUCCAUAUCGACGGCUUCCAGUUAGGACAAGACUUCAUACAACUGCGUCACCUUCUGGGCAACUACAGCCGCUACAGAAAUUCCAAACUGUAUGGGCCUGACGUAGGCAGGCCACGAAAGCACACUCAGAAGUUGCUGAGGAGCUUCCUGAAAUCGGGAGGGAAAGUAAUUGAUUCUGUCACGUGGCACCAUUACUAUGUAAAUGGACGAAAUGCUACCCGAGAAGAUUUCCUCAGUCCAGAUGUGCUAGAUACCUUCAUUGCAGACAUACAGGAUAUUCAGCAGAUUGUCGAUGCCACAGUACCAGGCAAGAAAAUAUGGCUGGGAGAGACAAGCUCAGCCUAUGGAGGUGGCGCUCCCCGACUGUCUAAUACAUAUGUUGCUGGUUUUAUGUGGCUGGACAAACUAGGACUGUCAGCUAAGCUGGGUAUCGAUGUGGUGAUGAGACAGGUCUUUUUUGGAGCGGGAACAUACCAUUUGGUGGAUGCCCUCUUCGAACCUCUGCCAGAUUAUUGGCUCUCUCUGCUGUACAAGAGACUGGUGGGCACGAAAGUCCUGGACGUCAGCCUGACGGGUGAAGACCACAGGAGGCUGCGAGUGUAUCUUCACUGCACAAACGAGCACCAUCCCAAAUACAGAGACGGUGACGUCACCCUGUUUGCCUUAAACCUCUACAAUAGCACAAAAUACCUGCAGCUCCCCUCUUACCUCUCCAACCAGACGGUUGAUGAAUACCUAUUACAGCCUUAUGGAAAAGAAAACAUCCUUUCCAGGUCUGUUCAACUAAACGGUCACAUCCUAAAAAUGUUAGAUGAUGAAACGUUACCAACCCUCAGGGAGAAGCCGCUCAGCCCAGGAACCAGUCUUGGACUUCCAGCUUUUUCAUACGGGUUUUUCGUAAUCCGAAAUGCCAAAGCGAUGGCUUGCAUUUAG